CCCGAAAAACGCGGUGACGUAACACUCAAUACCUACAAGCCCAACGAGGAAGAAAGGUUGAGCGUCGAACUGGAAUACUGGCGAACCGGCGACCCAGCAACAGACUGUUUGUCUCCUGGUUUGACUGCAGGUCACACGACCUAUCUCCUUUGUCCCGCCGGUCUUACAAUCGGUCACUUGGAAAAGCUCAUCCGUCUCAAGUUUGAACUGAAGCCCGGUUUCCACGAAGUUGCCGUUUUCUUCUCCUCUGACGACUACUUCAGUCCUGACUAUACCCUCUCCGACCUGGCCUGUCUCUACUCCUGGCGACGCCAGCACCCAAUGAAAAUCUAUUUUUCUGUGAUUCGCACUGACUCAGACAAGUCUCCGGUUCCUUCGCCCUCCUCACCUCCCUGCUCUCCGGCCUUAUCGGCAAUAAACCGAAAGUCCGCCACCAGUGAAACGGCUGCCAUGGAGUCUGAUCCUAAAAAACGAUCCUCUCUGAAAUUUCCCAGUCCUGAGCCGCUUUCAAAUGCGUCAGGCCAGGCUCUACCUCAUGCCGCUACCCCGACUGAUUUGCCCUCACAUCUUAGUACCACUGGACCGCAGCUUGCGCUGCUUGCUAACGGCUGGGGCUGA